GGACGGGCCGGGCUGGGCCGGGUCGGGCUGGGCUGCUCGGUCCGGCCGGGGCUUGCCCGGGGGACGCGGGCAGGGCAGCGUUCGCCGCCUCUGACAGGCCCGGGGGCGGAGGGCGGCGCUGCGAGCACGGCGGGGCUCCCACUUCCCUCCGGACCUCCGAGCCGAGCCGAGCCGAGCCGAUCCGGGUCCCGCAGAGCUCCUCGCAGCCUCCGGAGCCCGCCCGCCCGCCAAGAUGGAGCAAACCUGUGAUGAUAUAGAUGAAAUGUUCAGCAAUUUACUUGGGGAGAUGGACAUGCUGACUCAGAGUUUAGGAGUGGAGACUGUACCACCUCCAUGCCCCAAAGUGUCCAACAAUGAAUUGAGCUUUACAGUUGGUUUUAAAGAUUUAAAUGAAUCGCUAAAUGCCCUAGAGGACAAAGACCUGGAUGCAUUAAUGGCUGACCUUGUAGCAGACCUUAAUGAUGUUGAACAGAAAACUUUACAAGCCCAGAAAACAUCUUGCAACCAGCAAAGUACAGUCACUCAGCCUUCAACAGGCUUGAAUAAUGACAUUUAUUCUAAAGUAAGCCCCUAUGUUACCAUUACUGGUCAGUCCUGGGAUGAUUUGCCCCCUCCACCUCCACCUCCAGACCCUGAGUCAGAACUUCCACCACCACCGCCACCACCUCCUCCUGAGCCACUUACUCAGGAAGAACUAGAGGCAAAGGCUAAAGCUGAAAAGAUUAAACUUGCCUUGGAGAAAUUGAAGGAAGCCAAAGUUAGAAAGCUUGUUAUCAAGGUGCACAUGAACGAUAACAGCACGAAGUCCCUGAUGGUGGAUGAGCGCCAGGUGGCACGGGAUGUUUUGGACAAUCUCUUUGAGAAAACCCAUUGUGACUGCAACGUCGACUGGUGUCUGUAUGAGAAGUAUCCUGAGCUGCAGAUUGAAAGGUUUUUUGAAGACCAUGAAAAUGUUGUUGAAGUGUUAUCAGACUGGACUCGAGACACUGAAAAUAAGGUCUUGUUUUUGGAAAAAAGUCAAAAAUAUGCUUUAUUUAAAAAUCCCCAGAAUUUCUACCUGGCGAACAAAGGGAAGAAAGAAAGCAAAGAAAUGAAUGAUAAAAACAAAGAGGCUUUGCUGGAGGAAAGCUUCUGUGGGACAUCUGUCAUUGUGCCAGAGAUUGAAGGGGCCCUUUAUUUAAAAGAAGAUGGAAAAAAGUCCUGGAAGAGGCGUUAUUUUCUUCUACGAGCUUCUGGAAUUUAUUAUGUACCCAGAGGAAAAACCAAGACAUCACGGGAUCUGGCAUGCUUCCUUCAAUUUGAGAAUGUGAACGUGUAUUAUGGUUAUCAACACAAAGUGAAAUAUAAGGCACCUACAGAUCACUGCUUCGUCUUAAAGCACCCCCAGAUUCAAAAGGAGUCGCAAUAUAUCAAGUACUUGUGCUGUGAUGAUAAAGCAACCCUGCAUCAGUGGGUAACAGGAAUAAGAAUUGCCAAGUAUGGCAAGACGCUCUAUGACAAUUACAAAUGUGCAGUGAAGAAAGCUGGCCUGUCCUCUCGGUGGGCAAAUCAAAAAGUGGUGGAGCCAGCUGCCCCUGCAGGAUCCUCAUCAGCAGGUACUGUUCAGUCAAAUGGACAGAUUCCCCAAAGUGGUCAUUGUUGCAGUGCAGAAUUUCCAGACACUCAGAAGAAAGUGGAUACAUCUGAGGCACAAGCUGAAACAAAUAGCACUGGUGCAGCAGGCCUGGCACAGCCAUUGCUGAGGCCACAGAAAGUCCAGAGUAAGAGGACGUCACUGCAGCCUCCUCCUCCACCUGAAAGGCGUUCAUCUGCUAUUUCUGCUUCACCAGUUCUACCCUCUAAAGUGAAACGAGACAGUGGCAUCUUCCUAACAGAUCCAGAGAGCUUUCCAGCACCACCACUGACACUGAAGAUUGAUUUUCCUCCUCCACCACCACUAUCGGAUUUCUGUGAACCACCUCCUGAUUUUGUGCCUCCACCACCACCGGUCUCCAGCAGCAGUAAUGGAGAUGUGCCAUUACCCCCUCCACCUCCACCUGUCUCCAGUAAGCCACCACCACUUCCAAUGAAGAAACCUGUACCACUUCCUCCAAAAAGGCUGGAAAACACAGGACAGGAUGGAGAGCCACAGUCAGCAGGGCCACCUCUGAUUGCAGGGGGAGGCAAGCAAGCAGAUUUCAUGUCUGACCUAAUGAAAGCUCUUGAGAAGAAAAGGGGUAACAGCUCCUGAACUCUGGGAGUGGAUAGACUUUAA